ACCGGCGACCUGUUCAAGGUAAUGGAAGGCCUGGAGCUCGGCUGCACCGACCUGCAUCUGGCCUGCGGGGACACCGUGUUGGUUGGUCAGGUGGCCGAUGAAGGCGCACUCACAAGCCUACAGCACAUCGCCACUGAGGCCGGUUUGAAGCGUAUUAAGCGACUGCAGGAAAACGAGCAAAUGUAG